UUGCUGCUAUCCUUGAAAGACACCGGUGAGAAAUGAUUCAGUGGUUGAAGUGAAGCAUGUGCUCGUGCCGCAAUUCGAACGCUUAAAUACGUUAUUUUGAAAGAAACGGUUGGAGGCUAACGUGAAAGGUCUCAAGAUUUGCAUUUAUCUCGGCUACAGAUGUUCUGUUGUGAUGAAGAACUAAACCCCUCACCGUAGGCGCCCGUGGUCACUUCCCCCGAAUCCGAACUUCCAACCGCGCCGCCAUUCCCCUGCAUCGCCUGCCUUCCCCCCUACCCCCUCCCAGAAGAAGGACAUUUUCGCCCCACCCCCCCCCUCCCCCCAACCAACGCGGCCCGCCAAUCCGAUGUCCAAGAACGGCAAAGCCGUCAAGAGAGAGCUUGACGAUGAGGGCACGGAGUCCAGCAAAGAUCUGCUGUCCAACGAGGAUGCGUGUGACGACUCGUUCAAGGCCAGCUCGCUGGCGGUGAGCGACGACGUCGAGGGCAAGGACCGGGACCUGGAGGAGGGAUCCGAGGCCGAGGAGGAGAGACCGGCCUGGAGCAGCAAGGUCCAGUACAUCCUGGCCCAGGUGGGCUUCUCCGUGGGCCUGGGCAACGUCUGGAGGUUCCCCUACCUCUGCCAGAAGAACGGCGGCGGUGCGUACCUGGUGCCCUACCUGAUCCUGCUGGUGCUGAUCGGCAUCCCGCUCUUCUUCCUGGAGCUGGCCGUGGGGCAGCGGAUCCGGCGGGGCAGCAUCGGGGUGUGGAACUACAUCAGCCCCCGCAUGGGGGGCAUCGGCUUCGCCAGCUGCGUGGUGUGCUUCUUCGUGGCCCUGUACUACAACGUCAUCAUUGGGUGGAGCCUCUUCUACUUCUCCCAGUCGUUUCAGCAGCCCCUGCCUUGGCAUGAGUGCCCACUGGUCAAGAACCAAUCUCUCACAAUCGUGGAGCCGGAGUGCGAGAAGAGCUCGGCCACCACCUACUACUGGUACCGCUCGGCCCUGGACAUCUCCGACUCCAUCUCGCAGGGCGGCGGCCUCAACUGGAGGAUGACGCUGUGUCUGCUGGCCGCCUGGACCCUGGUGUGCCUGGCCAUGAUCAAGGGCAUCCAGUCCUCGGGCAAGGUGAUGUACUUCAGCUCCCUGUUUCCCUACGUGGUUCUGAUCUGCUUCCUGGUGAGGGCCCUGCUCCUGACUGGAUCACUCGACGGCAUCCGGCACAUGUUCACUCCCAAGCUGGAGAUCAUGCUGGAGCCCAAGGUGUGGCGGGAGGCGGCCACGCAGGUGUUCUUCGCCCUGGGCCUGGGCUUCGGCGGCGUCAUCGCCUUCUCCAGCUACAACAAGCGCGACAACAACUGCCACUUCGACGCCGUGCUGGUGUCCUUCAUCAACUUCUUCACCUCCGUGCUGGCCACGCUGGUGGUGUUCGCCGUGCUGGGCUUCAAGGCCAACAUCAUGAACGAGAAGUGCGUCACGCUAAACACAAAGAGGAUUAGGGGUUACCUGGGCAACCAGAUCAGCUACGACCUCAUCCCCAAGCACAUCAACUUCAGUCACGUGACCGCGGAGGACUACCUGGCCAUCACCAAAGUGCUGAAGGAGGUGAAGGAGGGGGAUUACACCAAGCUGGGCCUGGACCCCUGCCGCAUUGAGGACGAACUCAACCAGGCCGUGCAGGGCACCGGCCUGGCGUUCAUCGCCUUCACGGAGGCCAUGACGCACUUCCCCGCCUCGCCCUUCUGGUCGGUGAUGUUCUUCCUCAUGCUGGUGAACCUGGGCCUGGGCAGCAUGUUCGGCACCAUCGAGGGCAUCAUCACACCCCUGGUGGACACCUUCAAAGUGCGCAAGGAGUUCCUCACAGUGGGGUGCUGUCUGUUGGCGUUCAGCAUCGGCCUGAUCUUCGUGCAGCGCUCGGGGAACUACUUCGUGGCCAUGUUCGACGACUACUCCGCCACACUGCCCCUGCUCAUCGUGGUGAUCCUGGAGAACGUGGCGGUGGCCUGGGUCUACGGCACGGACAAGUUUUUUGAAGACCUGAAGGACAUGCUGGGCUUCUCGCCGUUCCGGUUCUAUUACUACAUGUGGAAGUACAUCACUCCGCUGGUGCUGAUGGCUCUGCUGGCCACCAGCUUCAUCCAGCUGGGAAUGACUCCGCCAACUUACAGCGCCUGGAUCGAGGAGCUGGCCCAAGAGAGGUCCGUGAGGUACCCCGGCUGGGGCGUGGCCGUGUGCAUCACGCUGAUCGUGGUGGCGAUCCUCCCGGUGCCCGUGGUCUUCUGCCUGCGCUUCUUCGGCCUGCUGGACGAGGGCGCGGGGGGCCUGUCCGCCGUGUCCUACAAGAAGGGCCGCAUGAUCAAGGAGGACGCCCGGCCGGAGGACGGCGACGACGCCAGCCUCAUCCACGGGAAGUCGCCCAGCGAGGCGCCGUCGCCGCUGCCCCCGGGGAAGAGCAUCUACAGGAAGCAGAGCGGGGCGGGGGAGCCCGACACCACGCCCAACGGCAGAUACGGCAUCGGCUACCUCAUGGCCGACGGCCCCGACACGCCGGACGCGCCCGAGUCCCGCAGCUCCUCCCCCAAGCCGGCCGAGCAAAACAACUGGUCGUCGUGUCCGCUCAUCAACGUCCGCGUGCAUUAACGUGUAUAUCUUGUAGAUAGCGUAGGUCCUGUCGUUUUUUUUGUGUUUUUUUUUUGUUUGUUUUUUUUUACUUUUUGCGCGUGCAUCCUAACCCACCCACCCACCCACACACACACACACAUACCCACCCACACACACUCACACAUACCCACCCACACACACACACACACACACAGACACACACUCACACACACACACACACACACAUACCCACCCACAUACCCACACACUCACACACACACACCGCCGCCGCCUCCCCUGGCCCGUACGCGUUAAGGACGCGAUCCGGACGUGGAAUCUGGCGUUCCCGGGACGUGGCUCCGCCCCCAGUCCUAAGCAGGGAACGGAAGGCCAGCCUGCCUCUCGGAUCGGCAGGAAGAAACCAGAAGCAAGACGAGGAGCUGGGGGCUUGACAUUUCUUUUCCCCCUUAGCUUCAACUCUGCGCAACCACAUUUCAACCCAAAUUAUUCAUCCAUUACCCCCCCCUUCCUCCCCUCGCCCCCUCCAAAAAAGUGUGCCUAAUGAUCCGAUAUUUUAGUAACAGAAUAGAAUACUUGGUGGACUUGGUACAUUUCUAUGGUAUUAUGUAAAUAUGUAAUGUGCACUUAUCCGGCCCUUUGGAAUUGGGAAUGUUUGCUUAGUCAGACGUACGGGCCAGCUCUGCGGCUGGUCUUGUGUGCCGAUGUGUCAUUGUAAAAAAAAACAAAAAACAACUCAUGCUUCCAACUAUUGUAAAUAUUUGUUUUUCCAUACAAUUGCUUAAAAGCGCCUUUUUUUUCCAGUUGGAUUAAAGAUCCGAUACGAUCAAA